GAGAGGAACUGACGGGGCCGGGCCGGGCGGGGCGGGGCUGGAUCAGGUCGGGUCUGGGAGGAGGAAAGCCUCGUCGGUGGGAGUGUGCGCCUUGCCUGUGGCAGGUCUCGGGGUCGUGCUCCUCAAGUUUUGGUCCCUGCUCGGAGGAGGUUCUCUGGCUCUCGAGCCACCGCCUCCUGCCCCGACCGCCGGCGCGAUGAUGCAGCACAAACUGGCCGAGAAGUUGACCAUCUUGAACGAUCGAGGCCGCGGAGUGCUGACCCGCGUUUACAACAUUAAGAAGACAUGUUCGGAUCCCAAGACGAAGCUGCCCUACUUGACAGAAAAGCACAUGGAAUCCGCCGUCAAGUACAUCGCCCGGAAAUUCCCAAACAUCGACACCCGAGGGAGUAACCAACACCUGAGCAUCGUCCAGAAGGAGAAAUCCGAAAUCCUGAAAACAUUGACGAACUACUACUUGUCGUUUGUGGACAUCAUGGAGUUCCGGAACAACGUGUAUGAGUUACUGAACACCAUCGACUCCUGUCAAGUGUACUUCAAUAUCAACCUCAACUAUGAAUUGACGAAGAACUACCUGGACCUGAUCGUGACCUACAUGUCUGUAAUCCUGAUGGUUUCCCGUGUGGAGGACCGCAAGGUCCUCAUUGGGAUGUACAACUGUGCCUUCGAGAUGUCCAACGGCGCCAGUGAAUCCAAUUACCUGAGGCUGGGACAGAUGUUACAGGAAUAUGACCACCCUCUGAAGAAGUUAACGGAAGAUUUUGCACCCCACAGCAAGUUGCUGACUGACGCCCUCCUCUCGCUCCAAAUGCUGUUCCCGAGACGGAACCUGAAAGCGGAUCAGUGGCGCAGUGCGCAGCUCCUGAGCCUGAUCAGCGCAGCCAACAACAUGCUGACCCCGGCUCACUCAGACACCAUGCCGUGUGAAUUUCUGUCUCUGGAAGUCAUGGAGCGAUGGAUCAUCUUUGGCUUCCUGUUGUGUCAUGGAAUGUUAAACGGAGACUCUUCGUGCCUGGGGCUGUGGAAACAGGCUCUGCAGGGCAGCCUGGUCACCGAGCUCUUCAGAGAUGAAGUCAUCUUCCACCACAAAAUGGCCGAGGAACUCUUCGCCGGCCUCAAGGGCUACAGUAAGCGAGUCGCUGACGUAAAGGAGUGCAGAGAAAACGCCAUCAGCCAAAGUGGAGCUGUGCACAGAGAGAGACGCCAUUUCCUCAGGAGCUCGGGGAAGGAAUUGGCCACAAUCCUGACUGAGGAGCCGGGGCUACUGGGACCAAAGACUCUCUUCGUGUUUAUGGGUCUGUCAUUUUGCCGUGACGAGGUUUCGUGGCUAGUCCGCCAUGCCGAGAACGUCACCAAAACCAAAACCCCAGAGGACUAUACAGACACUAAUCUGGCGGAGUUGCUGUUUGUGAUGGAAGAAUUUAAAGCUCUGCUCCGGAAGUACAAGAAAGUGAUCCAGAGAUACUAUGUUCAGUACCUCUCCGGUUUCGAUGCCGUGGUCCUGAACGACAAUAUCCAGAAUCUCACCGUGUGUCCUGAGGAGGAGUCCGUCAUUAUGUCUUCCUUCGUGACCACCCUGACGUCUCUGAGCUUAAAACAAGGAGAUGAACAGUUUGAUUUCCAAGGACUGCGUCUUGAUUGGUUUCGACUGCAGGCGUAUACAAGCGUAGCCAAGUCCACACUGAGCUUGCGAGAGCACCCGGAGAUUGCCAAGAUGAUGAACACUGUCAUCUUCCACACCAACAUGCUGGACCAGGUCGAAAGACUACUACAGGAGGUGUCUGAUCUCACCACCAUCUGUUUCUACCCGAGGACGUUUGAGAAACUGUUUGCUCAGAAUGCUGAGGACUUCACCCAACUCCGCUACCUGAUCGCCUUCCCCAUGGUUUGCGCCCAAUUCUUAAACUGCAUCCACCCCAUGUGCCCAGAGGAGUUCCCGCACAUGCAGAACCGUGGUGUUGGGAUGUGUAAGAACUUCCUGGAUGAGAUCAGCAGGUUGACCAGUGUCUGUAUCAUUGAGCUGUGCUUCGAGCAACGAAACCUCAGUGAGCAGUUGCUGCCGAUCUACGCGGCUAAGACCAUCAGCAAAGCCGUGAACAAGAAGAGGAAAGUGGUGAGUAAGAGACUGGAGCCCGACCGAGAGAAACCGGGGGCGGAGAGUCUUCGGAAGGAUAGAGUCGUUAGCACCACGAUGGACAAACAUCACCUGACCCUGACGGAGCUCUGUAUGACCCUUGGACACGUUUCCGAGCUGCUGGUGUUCGAGCAGAUCCUGGUGCCCGUGGAAUACCUGGUCUCCCAGCUGGCACCUCGCCUGGCCAAGUCUAUCAUGCGGAUGUCCGGCUAUAACCAAACCACGCAGGAGAUCGCCAAACCAUCCACGGUCCUCUCCAGCGUCCGGGCCUUCAUCACCCUGGUUCACUCUGUGACCCACCACCUCAACAUCGACGUAACCAGACUCAUCAAAGAGGUGCUUCUGCAGCAGUCUCAAGCCACGGACAGCAAAGGGGACAUCACCUUGACCACUGCCUACACCAACUGGUACUUGGAGGCAUUGCUGAGGCAGGCCAGCACCUCGGGAAUCAUCCACUCGCCUGCCAUCAAGGCCUUUGUCACUUUGCCCGUCGAGAACCUGCAGAUAUUCAGCGCUGAGCAAUAUUCCGACGUGUCAGAGCUGCGGGCGUUGGCGGAGCUGAUCGGUCCGUACGGGAUGAAGCACCUGAGCGAACACCUGAUGUGGCACAUCACCUCCCAGGUCACUGAGCUGAAGAAGUUGGUUGUGGACAACAUGGAUAUUUUGGUGCAGCUGAGAGCCAGUCAGACCAGACCCCAACUCAUCAGCAGCCUGAGCAAGAGACUGACCUCUUCCGAAAACGUUCUAAAGCGAAUGGUUAUCGUUGGUCUGAUCCUCUCCUUCCGCUCCAUGGCACAGGAAGCUCUCCGAGAUGUUCUGUCUGGUCAUAUCCCCUUUCUCAUGGGUCCCAUCAACAGUCUGGACGAUAUCCUCAGCGUGACCACAGAUACCAAGGUGAUGUUGAGUAUCUACGAGUUGGCAUCGGCAGCUGGCGUGCGUUGCCCGGUCGAUCCAGCCCUUGUUUCCGCCCUGAGCAAACACAAGAACGAGAAUUAUUCCCCUGAAGAAGAUUACAAACUGACCUGCCUAUUGAUGGUGUAUGUGGCUGUUUCCCUGCCCACCCUCGCCAGUGACCCCACUUCCAUCUACAGUCAGAUGUACCAGGGACAUCAGAACAACAUUCACUGCUUGGCCAAGGCUAUCAACGAGAUCUCUGCCGCGCUCUACACCAUCCACAAACAGGACAUCGACAACCACCUGAAGGAAUUCCUCAGGUUCGCCUCGAUGAACCUUCUCCAAAUUGGUCUGGAGACGGACAAGGUCGCCACAAGGAACAGGGAGUCUGUGUAUUUGUUACUUCACAUGAUAAUCGAGGAGUCACUGAUCCUGGACAUAGAUGUGUUGGAGCCGUAUUUCCCCUACGUGUUGCUCAGGAACGCCUUCAGAGAGGUUUACCGGCCCGUCACAUUGAGCACGGGAUAAGCGUGUUACGCGGGAGGAAGGCACGUGGAUGCUUUGUGUGUCUCACGUGGAUGCACGGUGUUCUCGCACGCGCAUACCCACACAGAGACACGCACUUACUUACUCAGACACACCCACGCACACAGUGCCACGCAAACACAGUGUCUCUCACACACACACACACACA